AGAGUAAGAUGGAAUCGUUUCUUACUGAGCAACUUGCUGAAUGAAAGGCGCUGUUAGUUUGCUUUCUAUCUGCUAGCCACAGAAAGCGUACUAAGCUAGGUUAGCCAGUCAACAAUUAACGUUAGCUAUCCUAAGCCAUGUCAAUUUGUGAAAAGUCCGUGCCAAAACUGCUUAAAGAAAAUAUUGCGUCGAUAUAAUCUCUUGUGGUUAUUUUUUUUCUCUCCAUAAAAACGAACUGUAAUCGAAAAUAUUUGUUGAGCUGCACGCCGUGAUCCUUAACUUAGCUAGGAUCUCUGGAGGCACCAUCUAAACGCCAGGAUGUUUAACCCGCAUCAUCACCACCACCAACAGCAGCAGCAGCAGCAGCAAUUUCACCAACAUUUGCGGCAGCUUCAGCAACUGUUUCAGCAACAACCUCCACCACCACCUCCACCCCCGCCACCGCCACCACAGCCCCCGCCGUCUCAUCACAUGUCGCAUCACCAUCAAAGUGGCCGGCCCAUCGCGGUGGCGGCGCCGGCGCCCCCUCCCCGUAUGGUGAACCUCUGCUCCCCUACACAAGCGACCAUUCUCGCUCCCAACCCCAUGCUACAAGGGGCGCUACUGAUGCAGCAGAUGCAAGCAGGUAGCAUGCGUGGCUUUGCGAUGGGGGGACAGCAGUUUACUCAGUUCUUUUCUGCGGGGUCGCGCUCCUCACUGCUGGGACCGGUACCCAUGGGUGUGGCAAUCAAGACCCCACACAUGGGCUAUGCCCCGCGCCCCUACAACCAUCACGCGCGCUACAUGAACAACGACUACGGCUCUCGGCUGCCUGACAGGAAGCGUGAAAAUGAACAGAGAUCUGCUGGAACCUCAGAGGGACAACCGGGAGCCAGUGGCAGCAAAGAUGAAGCAGCAGUACCUCUGGCUGACGGACCCAGUGACGCCUCGGCACAGCAGGAUGAGGAACCAGCUCUGAAGAAGCCCCGCACUGAAGGGUCAGAGGAGGUUGCAGGGACUCUGGGGGAAGACUACGAGAGCCCAGCUGGAGAUUCCAACCCCACAGACAGCGUAACGUUGCAAGAGGGGGGCAGCAUGGCGGGACCAGACGCUGAUGAUGCCCUGGAGCAGAGCCGAGCUGCAGAGAGCGUUGCGUCUCCACUGAAGGUGGGGGAGCGGGAGAACGGUGAGAACCAGACUGACCCCGAGGAUCUGGCCGAGGCGAAGGGCGCCAGCAGCACUGCGGUCAGGACUCAGGAGGAGGCCAGAGAAGGGGCAGUGGGAGGGCCAGGAGGAGGAGAGGGCGCCAACAAGUUCUACUGCUACAUCUGCAACAUCACCUGCCACAACCAGCAGAACUUCCAGAGUCACAUGAACGGCCUGGCGCAUCAGCAGCGCAUGAUGGAGAUCCAGCACAUGAGUAACGCCUGUCUGGUCACGCUGCUGCCCAAGGUGCAGGAGUCACUGCAGAGCAGCCGCAGAGAUGGGGAGAAGAGACCAGGCCUCCAGCGCUGGUGUGCCACCUGCCAGACCCACUUCACCAGCAACGUGCUGGAGCACCGACGCACAAAGGAGCACAAGCUGUGCACCCGCUCAAGCAGCCCUUGCUGCACCGUCUGCAAGUUGCAGUUCAGGACGUCCCGUGAGUUUGUGGAACACAUGCAGACUCCAGAGCACCAGCAGAGAGUACAGGAGCUACGUGAGGGCCAGGUGGAGGGACUGGGGGAUCUGAGCGCUUUGGAUGAAAAGGGAUGUUUGAUGGGAGAGGAGGAGGCCGAGGAGGGGGAGGAUGAUGUAGAGGACGAGUCUAACGGACAGGGGGUGUCAGAGGUGACCUUGGAGGAUAUGGCAGAUGACGAAGAGUUUGACUCAGACACAAUCUAUGGUUCCAGCUUUCUGGUUCCGGUGGCAGGGUUCCUCUGCAGACUCUGCAGCCAGUUCUACCAGUUUGAGUCGAUGGCACGGCAUUCACACUGCAAGUCGCUACUGCACUUUCAGAACCUCAAGAAGUACAGAGACUUGCGUAAGCAGGAGGACCAGGCCGAGGCCGGCCCAUCAGAGAUGGACAGCAGCCCGGAUGAGACCCGUCUCGGACCCGCCGGGGACCAGGGCACCAACACCGUCCAUACUCCAUCUACGGAACCAGAACCAGACUCCGAGCUGGACCAGGCACCUGUAGAGUCUGACCUCACCCAGGCCAGCUCAUCACCCACGCCCGACCCAUGUCUCAGCACCAGUGCCACAAGGGCAUCCAGACGCUCUGCUGCCCAGCAGGAAGAGGAGCAGCAGCAGGACACUCAGGUCACCGCCACAGCCUCUGCCUCCAGUCAGCCCACAGAGGAGCAGGACCAGGGGGAAGCCCUAGAAGCGCAGAACCAGGGGGAAGCCCCAGAAGCGCAGAACCAGGGGGAAGCCCCAGAAGCGCAGAACCAGGGGGACGCGCCAAAAGCGCAGAACCAGGAGGACGCCCCAGAAGCGCAGAACCCUCCGGAAGCAGAGGAGGAGGAGGAUGGGGCCGAGGAGGAAGAGGCAGUGGUCGUGACCCCGACAAGCAGCAAGAGACGAGGGGGAGGGGCAGGGAGGAGGAAGUCAGGAAGAACGACACGGAGACGCUGAGAGGAGGGAGAGAUAGAGAUAGAGGGAGUGAGGAAGAGACAGAAGAGAGAUGGAGAGACAAAAAGAGGGAGAGCUGGAGAGACAAAGAUGAAAAGGUGGGGAGAAAGAGGGAGGGAUGGAGAGAGAGACAGAAAGAAGGAGUAUGGAGAAAGAGGAUUGCCUAAUAAUGGUAGGACUGCUACCAGUUCCUGUGGGAACCCUUUCAGCAGGUUUAACCCUUUCAUGCAUAUUUGUUUGUUAUAAAGAAAACAAACGCUUUUUAAAUAGGGAAGAAUUGUGUGUUGUCAAUCGGACUAUCGAUAGUUCUAGUCAUCUAUAUACGUACCUCCUUUUAGUCAUUUUUUUAUCCUUUUUUUUAUUAUGUGCAUCCUUUGCUGCACUUCAGUGCACAAACCCUCAGUAUUGUGCACUCUAUGUAGCCGAAUACAGCCAGGAAUGACCAUAAUUAAUCACCUUUAUUUCAGUAUGAAAUAACAACGAUAAGUGAAGCUAUCAUGAAGGGAAACGGGCAAUUACACAAGUCAAAAAUGAAACUGAUGUCAGUAUUGCAUGAUGUAUUAAUUUGUGAGCGGUUUCUGUACAUUGUUUAUCAAAAUGGAAAAACAGUUUCCAUUACAUGUCCCUAAAUGUUUUUAAAACAUUUUUAUUUCACCUGAUGAAGUGGUUAGGUGGGGGGCUGAGACGUUUGAUGGCCUAAACUAUCUGAUUCAGGUCAUUUGCUUGUGACGGGGUGUCUCCAUGCAAAUGGGGAAGAUUGAAUUAGUGCAAUUACUACUACGAAGAUGAUUGACAGGUCUAACAGAAGAUGACCUACAUGCAUGAAAGGGUUAAAAUAGUCGCCGUGGUGCCGUCAUUGACACAGAUUUUGUUUAUUGUUUAUUUCCCCCCGGUACCUUUUAGCAGCUCAGAGUUUAGUAGCAGCGCAGAACUUUCUCCCAGCUAGUAGAAGCAGCUUUUCUUUAAAAAAAAAAAAAAGUGUAAAAAAAAAAGGAAUUCAAAUGAAAAUCUAGUGGUACUCUUUAUCUUGAAAACGGAGUGUGUGACCACCAGUGUUGCUGGUCCAAGAUUUUCACAUGACGACGGUAUUGCUGAGUGGUGGGGGUGGCAUGAAAACAAACAGUAGCUGGUGAGGGCAACUCCUUCAGCUCCACAAUGGAAAGGUGGCACAGUAACCUGGGUAGAUGGCUCAGUAACCUGGGGCAACGCCUAGAAAGGUGGCACAGUAACUUGGGAAGACAGCUCAGUAACCUGGGAUGACGUCUAGAAAGGUGGCGCAGUAACCUGGGACAACGUCUAGAAAGGUGGCGCAGAAAAAUGUACCUGGAGGUCCCACUGUAGCUGGGAGGCACUUCUCUCAGGGUGGUCUGGCUGACUGGAUGCUGCUGGGCGAAGGAACUUUACUCAACACUGCUGCUUGCUCACUGGCACCACCUGCUGGACUGGAGAAGACACCUCCGGGGCAGGCUGAACUUCUAGUGCGAUAUCUACUGUCUGUUGAAGACACAGUUUGUGUGUCUUGUCUGUGUAUGUGUGAGGGUGCUUCAACCAUUCAUCCAGGAUGAUAUUAGCACAGGCACAAUUAUAGAAAAUUUGGGAACUUGUGAUUGGACCAGCAUGCAGUUCCAUAGAGGGUAAUGGAAUGCUCCAUUGUAGAAAUGGCAGCCUACUUGCUGUUUGAUGUUGAAUGAACAGUACUGCUUGAUGGGUCAAUGUAGAAGGCUGUGCCUGUAUUUUAUUUUAUUUUUUACCUUUCUAAUCAGUUUCUUUUCCAUUGUUGAGGAGAAUUGUGGCUCAGGUAGAGUUAGUAGUCAUCUCUAAGCCGUUAGACAACUGGCAGUGCUUUUUCAAGUUCAGCUUUGUGGAGCAGCCCGUGGCUAAUAGGACCUGGAUUUCUACCCAGUUUAUUCUGUUUUUGUUUGCUUGUUUGUUUAUUAGUUUUUGGCUCAUUUCCUGCUAUUGGCAUGAAGGCAUUUUCAGUGACCACAACUGUCAGCCUCUGGUAGUAAGUGACAGUGUGUGUGGUCUUGUAUGUGUGCUCGUUAGGUUCUGCUGCCAGGAUGUCUAUAGUGUCUGUCUCAUGGAGUCUCCGGUCUUUGAUUGGUGUCCCAGCGUCCUGUGUUCUUCACCAGAACCCCAUGGGCCCUGUGUGUGUGUGUGUGUGUGUGUGUGUGUGUGAAGGAGGUGGGAGGGGCUUAUUUAUUUGUUGUUGCACUGCUCCUUGAUGUCACUGAAAGAAAGAAUUCUUUUUUUUUUUUUACUUUGAAGAAAGGCAAAUCAUUAUUAGUCUAGGUCUAAUCUUUUGUUACAGAGCUUUUCUGCUAGGCCCGUGGUAUGUAAAAAAAAAAAAAAAAAAUCUAGCUUGUCCUAUCGUGUUGUGCACCACCUGAGAAUCGCAGGACGCUAGUACUGCACAUCACAACUGACAGAGUUGUCGUCAGUAGUAGCCAUCCCCUGACUCCCACACUCGUACUGAGGAUCUGCCUGCACUGCAGGCUUCCAGCACUGACAUCUCUAACAUUGCCAGAAUCUGAAAGGCGUAAACCAAGUGCUUUCCUACUGCUAAAAGUUUUGUUCAGCCCUGUCUUCUGUGUGGAGGGAGGUCAGUCAGUGGUAGUGGCCCUAGUAGAAGUGGCUGACCCUCAUCUCUAUUGACCAGGCUCUCUCAUAGCCCCCCCUCCCCUAAGCAAGCUUGGCACCGUUUCCUGACGUAGUACUAAGUAGCAUCCUUCAUUAACUGAAGGCAACUGAUUUAGCCAAGCAAGUGCUUUUUAAUGACACGGAUUUCAGAAUGUUGACCAAUGGAAGGGAGUGGAGGGAGGAGCAGGACCGAGACCGGCCCCGUCUGCAGGAACAGUGCUGUGUCUGCACUGAGGAAGACUACUCAUGGGCUCCGUUGUAGCAUUUGAAGGGGGAAAUUAAAACUCAAGAUUACCAGCAGCUUUUCACACACAAGGCCACCAGCCCUGUACAGUUAAUACACUCUUGCUCUGCAAACCGUUGUUUUUAAAGAUUGCCUUCAGGGGACAGAAGACAUCGCUCUGUCCUGAAACUAAGGCAGCCUUUUUCGAUAUUUUGUCUGUCUCAUGCUCUCUCUGUCUUCUCUGAGGUAGUCAGUUUUACAUGGCAAUUUUCAAGUAGAAUAAAUUGCGUUUGCACACCUCGUUUAGGUUUGCAGUCGUAGCAAAGUCUAUUUUUCCAGUGGGGAGUCCCAGGAUCUCGCGCUAGACGAUAUUUAGUCAAACCCAGUAGUGCCCCUGCAGGGAUUAAGGGAGUGAUCAAGGCAAGCUAAAUCGCCAGUAUGAUGACAGCUUGGGUCAUAUCUACUAGACUACACAGGACCAGCCUCGGGCUAAACCGUUUGAUUAUGAACAUGGGAAGGGGGGGUUGUAUGUUUUCAUAACAUAUUUUUAUUGAAACGACGAACAGAAAUGAACAAAGGUAAAACGUGUUGUUGGUUUUUUAGCAGCUGGACGUCUCAUGUAUUUUUGGAUGUUUUCUGUAUUUGGGUCCUUUUAAUUUAUAUUAAAAUAUUUGAUGAUUACA